CACACCUAUCCCUCAUCCGCUUGCAAUAUAUAGCCUACCUGGAGGAUUGCUAUGGCAACAGGUUGCCAGUGGCGACGGGGUACCACUACAUCUCUGCGCGCGAGUCUGCGGGGAUGAGCUGCGCGUCAACAAAACACAAGCGAGCAGCAGAGGGUGAGGUCUGCCCGGCUCAGUCAGCAAAGACAGGGAAAUAAGCACUGCGAGGCUUUUUCUGUCAUGAAGUGAGGAGCCCCGCAGUCUGCAGGGACGCGUCUGUUCGCUGCUGUCGUUUCGGUGAGAAGAGUCUGCAGCCAGAAGCGUCGGAUCGAGCGGGAUGGAGAGCCGCCGCUGACUGAGAUCCCCCAGCGCCCCCGACAACAACAGGUCUUAUCCACUGAGCCCAUCUUCCCCUGCAAAAUCUGAGCAGCAAACGACAAAGAGCUGGAGCCGAGACGAUCUAGCAUGGAUGUGCCCAGGAUGGCUGAGGGCCUCUUCAGCAGCACGCUGUCCUCGUCGGGUGGCGGCCAUCAUGUGCCUUCCUACCUGACGCUGGAGCAGAAGGCGGCAUUCGUCUUUGUGCUGCUGCUCUUCAUCUUCUUGGCCCUUCUCAUCGUGCGCUGCUUCCGCAUCCUGCUGGACCCCUACCGCAGCAUGCCCUCGUCCAACUGGACAGACCACACCGAGAAGGACACGUUCGAUUACCGCAUCGUCUGAGGAGCCCUGAGGGUGCACAAAUUGAAAAUAAAUAAAUAGAUAAAUGUAUUAAAGACUGAUUUGAUGCUUAAAGAGCACUUUGGUCCGAAGAACAAAUGACUGCUGAUUGAUCAGGAAAACAACGGCUUUCAGAAAACCUUCUGAAAACUCAGACGAAGUUGUCGUCGAAAUCAGCACUAAUCAGAGUUCAACAGCUUCUCCCUGCCAAAUCAGAAAAUUCUCAACCAUGACAUGACAACCAGAGCUGUGCUAUGAAGGCUACUGAUCGAACCACAAACUGUCGAGACCCUCCGUCCAAGUCAUGCACCAGGGCCAGUUACCCGUAACUCCCCUUCCCCACCAUCAGUUCUCUUGUGGACUACCUCGGUCCUCCUCCAUGCCACGUGUGGAAGACUUAGUGUUCUCUCAUAUCUCACACAGGGUCGAAAUAUCUUUUGAGGUCUAAGCCAGUUUAUUAAUAACAGUGUUUACAUCUUAUCAUGUUUACAUCCUUAGAUUGUUAUUGAUAAUGUAGACAAUCAGUGUUUAAAACAGUUAGUUGAAAAAAAAAACAACUUGCAGAAUAAAUAUUGGAGGUCUUUUGUUUUUAGCGUAUUUUGUGGACAGACACGAGAGGUGCAAAAAGACUUUGUAUGACUGAUGUGAUUCAGGCGAAGAGGAAUUAAAUGCCUUAUGUCUUUGUAAGAUAUUCUCUGGUUGUCAUUUCCUUCUAGGAGAGACUGGUUUCAAGGUCAUAAAACAGGUUAAGUAAUCACCAAGAAGGAAAUUGUAGUGGAAAAGUUCUCCCUUUAAUGUUCUGGAAAGGUUCGGACAGGCAGAUGCCAGCAGCGAGUACGUGUAACCGUUGUGCGUGUGCGAUAAAAACAGUUCGUCCUUUCAGUCUCGACGGGCCCUGUGGUGUCCACGUCUUUAGAUGUCAGCAACCAAAAGAGGUAUUGAAGAAAAAACAAAACAUUUACUGUGCUGUACCGUGUGCCUAAUUUGAAAAAAAAGAAAAAGAAAAAAGCUAGAUUGAUGUUUUAGAAAAAAGAAACAAUAUUUCAUAUUUUUGUCCUUCAAUGUUUUUUGUGUAAUGCCCAUUUAAAGAAACUUAAACAGCAUUUUACUGCCUGCAGUUGGUGUAUUGACAGUUGGUAUGCCAGACCUGCAGAGUGUUGAUGAUGAUGACUAUGACGACGCGUUUUCACAUCAAACCCUUUACGAACUGAUGUUGUGGCUCUUUCGUUGGGCAAUUUUUCAACUGUGCGCCUUAUAGUGUAGAUUGUUUACAGUAUCGUAGGUAGCGGAGACACUGGAAAUCAGCCAGUCACUGAUGUGUCUUUGCACUUCACGGAGAUGUCAUACAACCCGCUAAAAAGAAAAAAAACAAACCCUUCCCUGCUCUCGUUCCUGCCGAGACAGGAAGUAAACUCUGGCCCUUUUUGACGACGUGUGAUGUUCUUGUGAUCUUCCGUGGCCUUUUCCUACCUUAUCGCAGAUGUUGCGAUGUUGUGCUGAGGUGAUGUAUUCCUUUUCCGCAUGUAUCUCUUGCAGAGUUUCCUCUCCGUGCAUGGUAAAUGGUGAAGUGCUUUAAUCCUGAUGUUGUAGCUGUGGGUCAGUUGCUCAAGCAGCUAUUUCCUGUCUGUACUGGAGCCUUUUGUUUCAAUCUGUUUUUCGCCUGGAGCCGCCGUUCUUUUUGUAAUAAAAAUGAUCAGAGU